UCACACAGCGGAAAACCAACAGACUGCAGCUGAACGGCGCAUUCGGUGAGAGGUUGGGAAGGCAGUCGGCUCUGCUCGUCGGAGAACCUCUCCCGCACUCGAACCCACAGCCACAUUUGAGUUUUAUCCUGCAAACCCCACAGUUCGGACUCGGAGACACAGAAGCGCGCUGGAAGACGGCUCGGAUAUCGACACGAAGCAGGCAAACGCGGAGGGCUGAGAAAUGGCAACGACAACCUGUACGCGCUUUACCGACGAGUACCAGCUUUACGAAGAACUUGGAAAGGGGGCUUUCUCAGUCGUGCGACGUUGCGUCAAGCUGUGCACAGGCCAGGAGUUUGCUGCCAAAAUCAUAAACACCAAAAAGCUCUCGGCAAGAGAUCACCAGAAGCUGGAACGAGAAGCUCGCAUCUGUCGCCUGCUCAAGCAUCCCAACAUCGUUCGGCUCCAUGACAGCAUAUCUGAAGAGGGCUUUCAUUACCUCAUAUUUGACCUUGUGACGGGUGGAGAGCUGUUCGAAGAUAUCGUAGCCAGAGAAUAUUACAGCGAAGCUGAUGCCAGUCAUUGUAUCCAUCAGAUUCUCGAGAGUGUCAGUCACAUUCACCAUCAUGAUAUAGUGCACAGGGACCUGAAGCCUGAGAACCUGCUGUUGGCCAGUAAAUGCAAGAACGCAGCCGUCAAAUUGGCCGACUUUGGCCUGGCCAUCGAGGUGCAGGGAGACCAGCAGGCCUGGUUCGGGUUUGCCGGAACGCCAGGUUAUCUUUCCCCAGAAGUGCUGAGAAAGGAAGCGUACGGUAAACCUGUGGACAUCUGGGCAUGCGGAGUGAUUCUGUAUAUUCUGCUGGUGGGUUAUCCUCCGUUUUGGGAUGAAGACCAGCACAAACUCUACCAACAGAUCAAAGCCGGCGCUUAUGACUUUCCCUCUCCAGAGUGGGACACGGUCACGCCUGAAGCCAAAAACCUCAUCAAUCAAAUGUUGACCAUCAAUCCGGCGAAGAGAAUCACAGCCCAGGAGGCCCUGAAGCACCCGUGGGUCUGCCAACGAUCCACCGUGGCAUCCAUGAUGCACAGACAAGAAACGGUCGAGUGCUUGAAGAAAUUUAACGCGAGGAGGAAACUCAAGGGUGCGAUUUUGACAACGAUGCUGGUGUCACGAAAUUUCUCUGUGGGCAGACAGAGCACGGCCCCCGCCUCAGUCUCUGCGGCUGCAGCCGCAGCCGCCGCUGCUGCUGGUACCACCGCUGGUCUGGUGGAACAAGCAGCCAAGAGUCUGCUCAACAAGAAGGCCGAUGUCAAGCCACAGUCGAACAGCACCAAAAACAGCAUAGUCACCAGUCCCAAAGGAUCCGUCCCCUCUCCUGCUCUGGAACCUCAGACCACUGUUAUCCAUAACCCAGUGGAUGGGACCAAGGAAUCUUCAGACAGCAGCAACACAACAAUCGAGGAUGAAGAUGUCAAAGGGAAAAGCCUAGAUAGUGGUUCAGUUAAAGCCCCCUCUGAGGUCAGCCAAUCACCUCUAAGCUCCGCCCCUCCCGUCUUCUCCACCAAACUGACAGACAUCCUGGGCUGCGCUCGCAGGGGUUCGGGACCCGCGGUCGCGUCUGACAGUGAAGUCACUCCCUCCCCUCCACACACCCCCGUCACGCAGACCCGGUUCACAGAUCUGGUGAGUGGUGUGGGUCGAACACCCACCCAGCAUCCUCAGGUGGAGUCAACUACCUCUCGAAUUUGUGCCCCCCCUCCCCAGCCCUCAUUCCCCCUGACCCUGCCCCCCUCCGGUCCCUCCGUGUCUGUACAGAGUGAGUACAGCGUGCUGAGUGCCUGUGUGUGUGAAAUUAAGUCUUGAAACACUAACACAACUAAAACUUGUGCGUUCUUACUCUAGUAUACUUCGUAAAGGCAGCCAAUCAUGCUGGAGUGUCCCAUUUUCAGUUUUGUGUGCAUGUCGUGGGAGGCUGAAAUGACCUCACUGCUUGCAUAUCGGCAGGGGUGAGCCGUAUCCCACCUUUGACUUCUUUAAUGCAUAUGCGCUGUCAGAUUGGUAAAGAGAAUGAAGAGCGUGUCAUGAUUCCUUGAAAAUGGAGCAGAAAGCUGUGAAUGAAGGGAAAGAGAUGAGUGUUUUCAUUAGAAGAGAGAGAGAAUGAAGCGUGGAGAACAUCUUAUCUGAGGGUUCAGGAUUAGAGUCAGUACUACUCUCACUGAUUCUGCCCAUGUUUGACCUCAGUGUCAAGUUUGUCAUUUUUGUCAUAAACAACUUGGAGAAAUUGGCGGGGGUUUUUAAACAAAUGAUGUGCUUUGACAAAUUGCUAGUCUGACUAAUUUAUUGGGCAUGUAUUUGUCCCUGCAUCCAUUUACCAGGAAGAUAAUUAUUUAAAUGCAAAUAAAGGUUUGUUUUCAAAUGCUUAUUAAAAACCACAAAACUUUAUUUUUUUCCUCUGCAUGUAAUGAGUGAAAUUGUCUAAGUUUGGAAGUAGUUUCUGUUAAAGCUGCUAUCUGUAACUUUUCUUGAUUAAAAAUACAAAUCAGUUAUUGAAAAGUACAUUAAAAUGUGUAAAUAACCUGCAAUUUUAUAUUUUAUAUCAGAGA